CCCCCUAUUUAAACACUCUCUCCUCUCCUCAUUCCCAUCAAACACACUCCCACAAUGGCUUUCACUAAUACUAAAACACUCCUCCUCAUCGCCCUCGUCAUCGUCCUCGCUCAAACUUCAUUUGCCACUCGAAAGCUCACGGCUCUCGUGGUCGAAAAACCGGUCCCAAUGAAGUACCACAACGGGCCGCUACUCAAAGGCAAUAUUACAGUUAAUUUGAUUUGGUACGGGAAGUUUACGCCAUCCCAAAGGUCUAUUAUUGUGGAUUAUAUAAAUUCUCUUAGCUCGGGUCGGAAAGUGCUAUCCCCGUCUGUUUCGGCGUGGUGGAAAAUAACCGAAAAAUAUAAAUACGGGCGUGGCGCGGGUGCGAGUGUUUCCGUCGGGAAACAGAUACUAGACGAGAAAUAUUCCCUCGGAAAGUCGCUUAAAAAUGCUCAUAUUAUGUUGCUUGCUUCGCAAGCUUCGAAAGUUCGUUCGGUCAACGUGGUGUUGACCGCUAAAGAUGUUACUGUGGAGGGAUUCUGCAUGAGCCGGUGCGGGUCUCACGGGUCGACCCGGGGGAAGGCCCGGCUCAGUUAUGCAUGGGUGGGUAAUUCCGGGACGCUAUGUCCGGGUCAAUGCGCGUGGCCGUUUCAUCAACCGAUUUACGGCCCGCAAACGCCUCCGUUAGUCGCGCCUAACGGAGACGUUGGAAUAGACGGAAUGAUCAUAAACUUGGCCACGGUUCUGGCCGGAGCCGUGACGAAUCCGUUCAAUAACGGGUAUUUUCAGGGUUCCGUCACGGCGCCGUUAGAAGCGGUGACGGCGUGCACGGGAGUAUUCGGGUCGGGUGCGUACCCGGGGUAUCCGGGUAAUGUGUUGGUGGAUAAGAGUAGUGGGGCGAGUUAUAAUACCCAUGGUUUGAAUGGGAGGAAGUACUUGGUUCCGGCUAUAUGGGACCCGAACACUUCUACAUGCUCAACACUUGUUUGAUGAUGUACACGUGUAUAUACAGAAUAUUGUGUUGUAUUUGAGUAUUAUUAUAUGUACAUAUAUGCCUGUGUUUUUGCUUCA